GGCGCCGCCCGGGAGGCGGGGGCGGGAGCCCAGGGGGUGCGGCUGCGGGGAGGGGAGGACCCGGAGCACGGUGCCGGGCUGAGCGGCCUCGGGUCCCAGGAGGCGACGCACAGGCUUCGAGGGGCAGACCCCGCCCGGAAGGCGGAGGGCGUCGGAUUUAGAGCCUCCCGCGGCUCGAGGCUUGGAGGAGCCGGGCGGGGGCGUCUUCAGGGAAACGGCGGAGCCGCGGGCCGGUGGGGGGCGGCGGCCACCACACAGAGGCUCCUCCCGCGGUGACCACACUGGCUGCUUUCGUUUCCUCUCGUGACAGGUGCUUGGUUGGUCUGUCCUGUCACAGCGAGGUAUGAAUCGUCCUCGCGAGAUUUGUCCACAGGCAGAGCGAGGCCGAGGGUUGACGUCCCGGGCUUCUCAGGAACCGGUGCCCUAAGGACUUGUGUGUGAGGGAGAUGACCCAGAGGCAGUUUUGAGGAUGAGGUGCCUGGCGGGCGCACAGUCAGCAGCAGAGCUGACACCCAGGUGGCCUCCUGCCCGGCCCAGCACCAUGCACACCCUUGUGUUCCUGAGCACACGGCAGGUGCUCCAGUGCCAGUCAGCUGCCUGCCAGGCCCUGCCCCUGCUGCCACGAGAGCUCUUCCCCUUGCUCUUCAAAGUGGCCUUCAUGGACAAGAAGACCGUUGUGCUGCGUGAGCUGGUGCACACGUGGCCCUUUCCACUGCUUAGCUUCCAGCAGCUGCUGCAGGAGUGUGCCCACUGCAGCCGGGCCCUGCUGCAGGAGCGGCCUAGCACAGAGAGCAUGCAAGCCGUGAUCCUGGGGCUGACUGCCCGGCUCCACACCCCGGAGACUGAGGCUGGCACACAGCCCCUCGGCAGGAAGCACACGCUGCGGGUGCUGGACAUGACGGGCCUUCUGGAUGACGGCGUGGAGCAGGACCCGGGCACCAUGAGCAUGUGGGACUGCACAGCAGCGGUGGCCCGCACGUGCAUCGCACAGCAGCAGGGCGGGACUGCAGAGCCCGGCCUGGCCCCCGUUCCUGUGGAGGUGCGUGUGGACCUGCGGGUGAACCGGGCCUCUUAUGCAUUCUUGCGGGAGGCACUCCGUAGCAGCGCGGACAGUCCACUGCGGCUCUGCUGCCGGGACCUGCGGGCUGAGGACCUGCCCAUGCGCAAUACCGUGGCCCUGCUGCAGCUUCUGGAUGCGGGCUGCCUGCGCCGCGUGGACCUGCGCUUCAACAACUUGGGCCUGCGAGGCCUGUCCGUCAUCAUCCCACACGUGGCCCGCUUCCAGCACCUGGCCAGCCUGCGGUUACACUAUGUGCACGGGGACUCUCGGCAGCCCUCUGUGGACGGCGAGGACAACUUCCGUUACUUCCUGGCCCAGAUGGGCCGCUUCACCUGUUUGCGGGAGCUCAGCAUGGGCUCCUCUCUUCUCUCGGGGCGGCUGGACCAGCUGCUCAGCACCCUGCAGAGCCCCCUGGAGAGCCUGGAGCUGGCCUUCUGUGCCCUGCUGCCUGAGGACCUGCGUUUCCUGGCACGGAGCCCCCAUGCUGUCCACCUCAAGAAGCUGGACCUGAGUGGCAAUGACCUGUCCGGCAGCCAGCUGGAGCCCUUCCAGGGUCUGCUGCAGGCAGCAGCAGCCACGCUGCUGCACCUCGAGCUGACCGAGUGCCAGCUUGCUGAUACCCAACUGCUGGCCACACUUCCUGUGCUGACUCGUUGUGCCAGCCUCCGCUACCUCGGCCUCUACGGCAACCCGCUGUCUAUGGCGGGCCUCAAGGAGCUCUUGAGGGACUCGGUGGCACAGGCCGAGCUGCGCACGGUGGUGCACCCUUUCCCCGUGGACUGCUAUGAGGGCCUGCCCUGGCCACCGCCUGCCUCUGUCCUGCUGGAAGCCUCCAUCAAUGAGGAGAAGUUUGCCCGCGUGGAGGCCGAGUUGCACCAGUUGCUACUGGCCUCAGGCCGUGCCCACGUGCUCUGGACCACAGACAUCUAUGGGCGCCUGGCUGCAGACUACUUUAGCCUGUGACCUCCAGGCUGUGGGUGAGAGGCUGUCCUGGGGUCCAGGGCUACUGGAGGCCUCUUGCCCCUUGGAUAGUCAGAGCCUUUGGGACCUUGCUGGAGGCCUGACACGAAGGCACUAGUCUCUGAUUUCUUUGCUCCUGGGCACACCUUGAGCAUGCCCAUGCUUUUUGCAGCACCCUGUGCGGUUUGUCCUGCACCUGCUCCCCUGACUCGCUGACCAUCUGUGGGCCUGAGGGCUGGAUUCCAGGCCUACAUGGCCCUGCCUGGUUAGGCUGCACUCAGCUGCCCUCCGGUGUCCUGGUUCUCUCCUUGGAAUGUUCGUGGGAUCUGUGAGCUGAGAGAGGAUGUUUUCCUUUGGGCCCUCCCCAAGAGCAGACUGCUCUGGGGUGGAAGUUUGGACAGGGGCCUGCUUCAAGGAGGGUUGGGCUCCCAGGCACUCGGGGGCCUCUUAACGUUCUCCUUUCCCUGGCACACAGGAAACUGCCUGUCGGCCGGGUUUGGGGGCCAGAGGGUGUCUUUAAGGUACAAACGUGCAGUAUGCUUAGAACUUAAAUCUGUGGCUAUUUUUUCUGUC